GCCCCGGAAGUGAAAAAGGUUUCAACUGGUAAAAGAGGCAGGCCUCCCAAGAAACGACCAGCGGAAACAAGCGCUGAAGAAUCUUCGGAUCAAGGAGCACUAAAUAAUGGAACACUCAAGAAAAGUGACUCAGCGUCGGAGAAAUCUGAUUCAUGUGACGCCCCCAAAAGCCCUAAGAGUGCCCUAGCUAAAGGCGCAAGUGAUGGCGGGCAUGUUCUUACCGAGAAACGUCAGCGUGGGAGACCGCGCAAGGCAGAUAAAGUUGACUCAAGAAAAUGGAACGACGCAAAUUCACCGCCUACCGGACGUUAUACUGUUCCGCUUCCUGUUCCCGAUAGUUGGCCUCUAGUGUGCAAUAGGGACGAAAUCAUGAAAGAACUCUCCGAGAUGUAUACAAAUGUGAAGGAUGAGAAACUUGGCGAAUUCCAUAACCAAAUCAAAGCGUUUGUGUUCGCUCUGCAUUGGGCAGAGUUUUUGUGCAAAAUCUUGCCGACAUGGCUGCAGCAAGCAGGAUGUGCUGUCUACAUGUAA